AUGACUUUUUGGACCUACGCUCCUAAGCCAGCAGAUCGUUGGAGAAUCAGACGCAGACUUAAUCUAGAUUUCAACGAAAGGAAAUACGGCCUUGAGUCCCUAGGCAGGUACAACCCACUUAAAGAAUUCUAUUUGAGACUCUGCAGACAUACAGGGAACGCUCGCUAUUUCGGUAUUUUCUUGCUCUACCCAAUCUACAAGUGGUACAAAUCUCGCCCAGAGGACCCUCAAAAGAAAAUCAACCAGGAUAAAAUUAUGGCAGAAGCUGAUGAAUAUGUCAAGAAUAACAUCCCACUCGACCCAGUCCUUGGAAAUCCAGUGGUCUCUGCAAAGGACAUUGCUUAUCUACUCAGCUCAAACUAUGGGUUUAACUCCAUGAUUGAUUUAAUUUCACUCAACAAGAAAUCAAAUGAGUUCUGGGAAUAUAUCUGCUUUAAAGUUGAUGAAGAAAUCGAUGGAGAAAAAUGGGGAGACUAUAUCGAUUAA